AGAUAGAGCAACUUCUGCUUCACAAAGCUUCGAGCUCUAUAUUACAAUAUUGUGUCAGCCGUGCCGUCACUCUCCGACUCCCCAACAACGCCAGACUUUCCGACAGUCUUCAAUAUGCCGUCAGGCCAAGAAUGGUUGUAUGAUCCGUGCCUCGCUUGCGGCACCCAGACAGAGGGAGAAACCUAUUGCUCUGAUUCCUGUCGGUUAUCAGAAUGCGAGAAGGCGCCGGCAUCGACGCACUGUUCAAGCUGGCCUUCUAUGCGGACCUCAUCGUCCUCCUCGACAGCGUCAGCCCAAGAAGUCAAGUCAUCGACCAAAGUAGAGAAGGAAUUAAAAGUUUACAAUAUGUCAUUGGACUCGUCGAAGAUGCGGAGAAGAUUGCACUAAAAGCCGAAAUACCUCCACUCAGUCCGCAUACCGCCU